AUGGCGAUGCAGGUUCCCCAUCUACUGUCCGCCACGCUUGCUCUAGCUGCAGCUCACCGACAUACAUCCGGCCUGUUUGAAGGCGACUGUCAAUUUGAGCUCAUGAAGGGGAGCAGUCUGAUGCAGUUGAGAUCGGCCUUGGACCGGUUCAGCCCGUCCGAGAAUGACAAAGUCCUUGCUACCACACUGCUCUUGUGUCUAGCCGACGUGAUAUCCCCGGCUACGAGCACGUCGUCAUGGAGGUCACAUCUGUAUGGUGCUGCGACCCUCUCUGCACAACACAGCCGCUCGAAUGGUGCCAGUAUAUCAUCGAUUUCGAGUUUUCUCAAGAGGAAAUACCGGGCGCUGCAGGCAGUUGCUCUGGCCUGCUGCUCUAAACGGUUCGAGGCGCAGAUACUGACCACGCCUUACGAUGAAGUCGAUGCUCGUAUUGACGACCUAGCCGGGUACUCUACGACCCUGAUGCCGAUUUUAGAGGAGAUCAACGACCUGGAGCCACUACGGGAAGACGGUGGUUCUGAAUUCUCCUGCGACUCCCCUCCUGGGCCACCACAUUUUGAUUGCAGCUCGCCUUUGGAGCACAAAUCGCAUUUGCUGUUCGACCGCGUCAGAGCACUAAUGGCGAAAAGGAAGAUGUCACGGACGCAGGGUGGUGGUGGACAUCUUCCAUCACCCGUAUACCACGACCUAUAUCUCGUGGACGAAGCCUAUCAUCACAUGGCACUUCUACAGAUCUUUCGCCGUGGAUCCUUGUCCGUCCCUCUGCAGGUGAUUGACGACAGCAGACGCUCAAUCCUGGACUGUCUUGCCGCCGUGACAUAUCAAUCCGGCCCAUGUCCAGGCGUGGCCACGCUGCCACCUCUGUUCGUGGCGGGCACCCUCUGUAGGACCAAGUCGGACAGAGACCAGCAAUCCUCCUAUCCUCGCAUCAACACUCCCUAUACGAUUGAGCUGGACUCGCUGCCGGCCUCCACAGACGACAUUCCCUACGUGCCGCCAGCACCUCCUGCCGAUCUCGCGAAAACACCCUCUCAGAUUCAGAAACGUCAACUGUCCACCUCAUCCGCCGCCAAAAUGUCCUCGCAACCUCCCCACCCUUCCCUGCUCAUUCCGGGGCCUAUCGAAAUAACCGAUGAAGUCUCUCAGGCCAUGAGUCACUAUGCGCAGUCCCACGUCGGACAACCAUUUGUCAACACAUUUGGCGAAUCCCUCACACUAUUGAGAGAUCUAUUCCAAACCAAAAACCCCGGUUCUCAACCCUUUGUCCUGGCCGGCAGCGGCACCUUGGGUUGGGAUCUCGUGGCAGCCAAUCUGGUGGAACCCGGUGAAGAUGUUUUGGUGUUGCACACUGGCUAUUUUGGCGAUUCGUUUGCGGACUGCCUGUCAACCUACGGCGCAAAGCCUACGCAAUUGAAAGCCCCCAUUGGGGACAAGCCACAACUGCCCGAGAUUGAGGCAGCACUAAAGGAAAAGAAAUAUAAGGCGGUGACGGUCACACACGUCGAUACCUCGACCGGAGUGCUCUCGCAGAUCCAACCUCUUUCCGACCUCAUCAGGCGUGUGUCUCCCGAGACGCUUCUGAUUGUGGACGGCGUGUGCUCUGUCGGAGGAGAAGAGAUCAACUUUGACAAGAUGGACAUUGAUGUGUGCUUGACCGCAUCUCAGAAAGCCAUCGGCUGCCCGCCUGGUCUCUCGAUCGUGAUGGUGUCGGAGCGGGCCAUGAACGUGUACAAGUCGCGCAAAUCCAGCCCGGGAAGCUACUAUGCCAGUUUCAAGAACUGGACGCCUAUCAUGCAAAACUAUGAGGCGAAGAAAGCCUCGUAUUUUGCCACUCCUCCCACCCAGCUGGUCCAAGCCCUCAAUACGUCGCUCAAGCAGAUCCUCGCACAGCCCCUGGAAGCGCGCUUCGCCCAGCACCGCAAGGUGAGCGAAUACGUCAAGUCGAAAGUGGCAAGCCUGGGUCUGAAGCAGUUGGCCACGGACCCAGCCAAUGCCGCCAACACCAUGACGGCAAUUUAUUUACCCGAAGGACUCACUCCUCCCGAGAUCCUCCCCAAGCUGAUGUCCCGGGGAGUUGUUUUCGCCGGUGGCCUGCACCGGGAGAUUGCGGCGAGAUACAUUCGUUUCGGGCACAUGGGUGUCUCUGCCAUGGACGAGUCGAGGGGAGAGAUCGACAAGGCGCUCGAGGCGUUGAAGGACGGGUUGGCAGAGGUAGCGAGUGCCAAGAGCAAGUAA